GGGUCUUCUUGCACCUCGGGUCACGCCUCCUUGGCGGAGAAGGCGCCUCGCCUUUGAUUGCUUCCAGUUACUGCAGAACUUCCUGCCCUGGAGAAGAAGCGAGUCUCGCUUGGGUCUGCCUUGCUCCUGGCCUGAGGAGUGAGACGGAGUUCACCCCGCGCUGGCUCCCGAAGCCAGGAAGGGUUUGGGUAACAGAAACCGCCAGCCACCUUGCCUUGAGUGAAGGCUCUCGUGUUGGGAUUCUUGCUCACUUUGCAUCCACACUCUUCAGGAUUUUGCGCCUCCCCGGGGACCACUCGCUGGGAGAUGGCCGUGUUGAUGCGAGGCAAGGACUCGUCCCGUUGCCUGCUCUUACUGGCUGCAGUGCUGAUGGUGGAGAGUUCGCAGCUCGGCAGUUCGAGGGCCAAAGUCAACUCCAUCAAGUCCUCUCUGGGCGGGGAGACGCUUGCCCAAGCGGCCAAUCGAUCUGCCGGCAUAUACCAAGGACUGGCUUUCGGCGGCAGUAAGAAGGGCAAAAACCUGGGGCAGGCCUACCCUUGUAGCAGUGAUAAGGAAUGUGAAGUUGGGAGAUACUGUCACAGUCCUCACCAAGGAUCAUCAGCCUGCAUGGUGUGCCGAAGGAAAAAGAAGCGCUGCCAUAGAGAUGGCAUGUGUUGCCCUGGCACCCGCUGCAAUAAUGGCAUUUGCAUCCCGGUUACUGAGAGCAUCUUAACUCCACAUAUCCCAGCUUUGGAUGGUACUCGACACAGAGAUCGAAACCAUGGCCAUUACUCAAACCAUGACUUGGGAUGGCAGAAUCUAGGAAGACCGCAUUCUAAGAUGUCACACAUAAAAGGGCAUGAAGGAGACCCAUGUCUGCGAUCAACAGACUGCAUUGAAGGGUUUUGCUGUGCUCGUCACUUCUGGACCAAAAUCUGCAAACCAGUUCUCCAUCAGGGGGAAGUCUGUACCAAACAGCGCAAGAAAGGCUCCCACGGGCUGGAAAUUUUCCAGCGGUGUGACUGUGCAAAAGGUCUUUCUUGCAAAGUAUGGAAAGAUGCCACCUACUCCUCCAAAGCCAGACUCCACGUGUGUCAGAAAAUCUGAUCACCAAUGGGGAAAGCCACAACUAGCUGACUGUGAAUUUGUGUAUUUAAUGCAUUAUAGCAUGGUGGAAAAUAAGGACUGGAAUUCAUAAGAAUGGCUAGAAUGAGGUGUUUGAUAAGAAUACAGGUCCCAUAAAGGAAAAGAGAACUGAGUGGUUGAGAAUG